AUGGGUACGUCGCCGCGUUGGAUUUUGUCGUGGCUACGACGCUGUCGACGCGACGAGUUGCCGGUGGAGCGUGUGCUGGACACGAUACGGUCUGUGGAUGGAGUGGUGCCGCUGGGCGGACGUGUGGGCGGCGUGGACGGCGUGACGCCGCCGUCCACACCUCAACCCGCUUCGUUCCCGUUGUUUUCGACGUUAAAAGACGGCAACGUGGAAACUGUAUCGAGUGAUUUGGAGUCAGACGAGGCUACGAAAUGGAAAUUUUUGCUGACGAGUGUGCAACUUCCGUCUUCAGGUGGUCCACACGAGCUCCGGCGAGCGCUCGAGACGCUCCAGAAGCUGGACGGACAGGAGGACCAAUCACAGGAUGGCACGCUGGAUACUGACCAUUUGAGGCAAAUGUACUUUGAAGCAAGACGCGACUUUUUCGCAGUCCGGAUUGAGCUACUGCGGGCUGCAAGGAACGUGCAGCACCCGAACGUCCAAGCAGCUGGAGAGGUUGUAAACAAGCUAUUGAAGGACGGGCUGGGCGACGUGUUGCUGGACGAGGUGCACAGCCGUCAGUUCUGUCAGGCGCCAAGUUUCCAAAGCGUUGGCAAGGAAGAGCGCAAGGCAAUUGUGGCGUGGGAGGUGCAAUUUCUGGAAGAAGAAGCGCUGUUGAGGGAGUUGUUGCUGCUAACGCUGGAGUAUUCUGGCGAAAACGCGACGUUGGAACGUGCUGUAACCAUUGCUAAGGCUGUGUAUAAUUGGGACGUUCAGGUGUUAAAUGAGCUCAUUAUGGACAGUACGCUGGCGCUGCCGAGGGCGCAGCGGGCGGCAAGGAAAUUGACGCAUGUGGGAGUUUUGGUGGCAUUGAGGAUGCUGCAUACGGCGGUAGAUGCGCUAGACCACAAGGCUUUGCUCCACGCGUCAGAGACGUUCUUUUUGACAAAAGUGUGUGAACUUUCGGGCGUGGAGCGGCCAGCGUCGCCUGUGCCCGGGGUGCUGCUGCUGGCUUGGGCGACUCUAUUGGGUCGACAAUAUCAUAAGCUAGCAGAACUGAAUCGAGAAAGCGUGGAAGUAAAAGAGCUAAAGGAUGCAUUGCAGCAGUCGCUAGCGGCGGCAGAACGCUUGCAUAGCUUUCACUACUUAAACUCGCUACUGCGCUCGUUGAUUUUUGGUGGUCACUCUGCAAAGGCUGAUCACGCCGGAUGGAAGCCAUUCUUGCAGCCGUUGAGCCUCAACACCAAGACUCUGUGGAGCUUACCCACUGUGGCUGUUUCCGCGGGGCUAAAUGGUGUAAAUGCGACUCAUCUAGAUCCGUUCGUCUGUUGUGACAGUGCUCCCGUCUAUCAAUACAUGGUGGCAGUAUUUUUGGAUGACAUGCUGUCAUCGCUAGGUUACAUAGAAAACCUGGAGAAUGCUCAGGAGCUACAUGCAAUGGUGAAGUUUGUGCUACCUACGCUUUCGAAUGCUCGUGUGUCGCAGCAGAUUUUUGAGAUUGAAUCGAAAGACAGUUGUGUGGUAGACAGCGUAGCUUCGCUUCGUGAGCUACUGAUGAAAACCCAAGCAUGUUUACCGGGAAGCCUAGUCUCAUGCAUGCAAAUGUUUACGGCGCUCUGCUGCAAUUAUCAAGGAGCUUCGUCAUCAACCGUGCUUCGGCACGUGCUGAGGUAUUUCAGCACGCCGCACGCAAGGAGGGAUGACAGAAUGGUGACACGUGACGUUUGUCGUCCACUACCACCGACAGAAUAUUAUACUGAACUUAAAGGCGAGCACAACAAGUUGCUGUGCACACGUUCGUUUGCGUAUGACAGUGCAGAUGAACGAUUGGUGGUACCCGUAAAUACAGUCGGUAUGAUCGUGCGCGCAGGCGACGACGUGAAGGUCACUUGGCUAUUUUCAGACAACAGUGAAGACACGUACGUGCCAACCAUGUGGGAUUUGCUUUUCCUGAGCGCGGACAGACUUGUGGCUGGUCAAAAGUCCAGGUCAUUUUCGGAUCUGUAUCAUGUGCACGUAGAGGACAUCGAUGUUCUUACAUCGUUUUUCGAAUUUCUCGUACAGCUUGGUAAGCAAGAGGACGGUAGCGAGGAUGCGGUGGAAGAGAUGACACGGUGUUGGGGUAAGGCGAGAUUGCGUCAUUGGUGGAUUGGUCAUCAGCUUCCAUCACCACAAGUUUACGUAUCCCAACUGGUGGCGCAACAGAUAUCUCUUUCUACUCUGCUCUCGGCAUCGAGCGAAAAUCUGGUUUCGUGGGGUAUCAGAGAUCGCUACGUACGGGAGCAAAUACUGGUAAAGCUUGGCAAUGUGGGGGGCUUUGGUAUCAUGAAGACGCCGAUGGGACUAAUUGACGAGAGUACUACGCAUUCAAUGGCUUCAUUUAGUGUGGAUGGUGGUAUCCACUUGUUGCGCCUACUACUGGCAUUACUAGAUGAAUUUUUACAUACCACUUGGGGGGACGAUGGCAUGGAAGGCGAUAGCGCUUGUUUUUCGGCACAUCUGCACCUGGUUGCGGCGUCCUUCUUUGCGCUUCGAGCGGUUUUAGCGACCGCGUCUGGCGUGGAAUUAUUCAUGAGCUCCUCUCUUGGCAGUGGACCCGAUGAAUGUCAUAAUUUAAUCGUCAAAAGUGCUAAGAAAUUCUUUGAAAUGCAGGAACGGUCAGUAGGGGAAUAUCCGGUCGUAUUGGCAACACAAGAUAUAUUUAUGAGCGUGGUUCGGUGGUUUCUUUUGAAAGAGGCACAGUCGCUCGCGAUCAUUGCCACGAAUGCAAAGAUUUCCUCAGUGAGGCUUCGUGCAUUUAUUGGUAGUGAGAGACUCUGGUUCGUCAGUGCAGCGGAGUUUGCGAAUGAAAUAUUGUCCACCUACGAAAGCUGGAAGUUUGCGGCAACGAGUGACCGGUGCGAGAUCACGGAACGCUGCUUUCGUUUGCUCUACGUGCUAACGCUGCUCCGAAAAUAUAUUAAUGAGCGCAAUGACAUGUUACCGGCUUUCGAGACUGCGCUGCGUGAAACGCUGUCUACAGAUACGUCGUUUCUCAUGAAGCUCCUACGGUCAUCAUGUGCCGUCUUGUCAACUACAGAAGGCCAGCUUGAACACUGGAAUGCUGUGGAUGUUACUGGUGAUGACGAGCAUUGUAGCACACUAGACUCUGACAUCAAAAUAAGCGAUGACCACAUUCCUUUACGAUACAAGAGCGAAUUUGGCAGUGAUGAGGUCAAUAUGGUGCAGCUUGAGUCGCUUGUGACGACAUGUUUACGGUUCGUGACGCUGCUGAUCACAAAUUCAAGUAAUGUGGUAGAUAUCAAAGCUGCGCGAACGAUCUUGCUGAUGCCUAUGGGUGGUGGAGGCAGCAGGGAACGCAUGGAGCUGACGACUAUCACGCUUUGCGGAGAAUAUCUCGGGUAUUCACUUGAAAAGGCCCCUGGAAUCGCAUACUGGUCCUUACGGAUUCUACAGCAUGCCGCUGUUGCCGUUGACUACCGUCAGGAGCGAGACAUCCGCGCCUCGUCUUCAAUGCGAUCGCUGGUUGCACUUUUCCAUGGGUAUCAAAGCCUUGGUGCUGUUCGCAGAGUCUUUGCGCAGCUGCUGCAAAUGUCGUCGACGCAACGAUUGGCAAUGCAUAGAGAAGUUAUUCGAAUGCUGGCAUUGUGCUUGAAGCACCAACCAGGCUUCUUGGCUCUGCUAUUUUUCGGUGAUACUGUCACGAGCGAUCCAAAGUCAGACACGGUGGUGAAUGAAAAGGGUGGGGUAGAUGAUGUUUCUUGUAUGGCAUUGCUCAUGCGCUUUUUCGAAGUCACAGAAAGGCUUUUGGAACAAGCGUCAGAUUUUUUCUGUGAACUACUUGCGUUCGUUGUGCAGGUAUGGGACGGUGCCAUUUAUGAUCGCCAUAGUAUUCAUCUGAAGAUUAUGGCAACUCUGCGUGCAUGCCCCUCAUUUUGGUCGAAUGUUACACACGCGAUCAAGAUCCAUAUGCCGUUAGAGUCGGCAGAUGAACGUGGACUUCUGGACAUGGAACUAGCCGCUGUAACCUCUCCAGGUAGAGGGGACACGCAGAGUUUGUCGUCAUCGUCAGAAGUGUAUUUUGGGCGGUCUAGUGCGUACGGAUAUAUGGCUCGCAGCCUGAUUCUCCAGUUGGUGUCGUACGAGUGGCACAGUCACGCUUCAACAAAAGACGAUCACCCGCUAUUGGAUGUGUUGGAAUCUUUCAGAAAGGAGGGGCUGUUUUCGCAUUGGUUGCGCACCUUUACUCGUCUUGAUUAUUCACCAGUACAACUAAGACUGUAUGCAUCGUCUAUCCGGCGUGCUUGCAAUUUACGCACACCGAUCACGAGCAUUCUUGAUAAGACUCCCGUUGGUGGCGUGUCAACGUAUCUGGAAGGCCUUAUUUGCAAUGCUAGGCAACUUGAAUGGCAAAUUAGCGCAGGCGAUUACGUCAAGAGGAAAGCCUAUUCAGCGGAUGCUUGCAUGCUGAAGCUAGUUCAGUGGAGUAAUUUGCAAGCCGCUUUUCUUCACGCGCAACUGUUUUCCUUGUCCAAGUGGAAAGUAUUCAUGGAGCUUUGCUGCUUUCAGGUAGACAAAGAAGGUCAUGGUACGUCUGGUGUAGAAAUGCUGUGCAUGACGGAGCCAAGGUGCCUGAAACGAAAAGAAUCGAUGAUUUCGUCGCCUCCGCGGGACAUCGGGACGAGAAGCAUACGACAAAAGAGCGCCACAUCGAUGGCGUUUUUAAGUACAUCCAGCUCAGAUAAUGCGUUGUCGUCGUCACGCUUUUCUGGGGAUCGAACGUCCUUCGAAAUGAUUCGUGUUCUAGCGGACGUCAUCGAGGCUAAAGUGGACCAGCACGAAAAUCAGAACGAAGUACUGGACCUCUUUGUGCUGUUAUAUCUCCACGACCUAGUACAGCUUUUGGUUUCGAUGUUGCACCAUCAGUUGUGUCUAGUUGUACAAAAGGCACGUGACCCCAAGUUAUCCCAGACUCGGCAACGUCUUGAAGGGUCUGACGCAGACUUCAAUUUUAAGCUUGAUGCAAGGGCAACCUCUCAAUUGUUAAAUAUCGUCCACAAAGCUGCAAGUGCAGUGCACGACUCGAUCAAGCGAUUUGCUGUCGAGGUGGAUCUGGUGAAGCAUGACGCUGAUAAUCAGUCAAUGUCUGAUUAUGUUGUACGUCCUACUUCCGUACCACUGAUUUCGCGGCUUGUGACGGACUUCGAAGAAAGAGUGAAGUUUGUGACAGACGGUUUGCUGACACUACUUUUUACAGCUGCGUUACUGCUAGUGCGUCACUUGGCUCAGAUUGGUAGCCACCCGAGUCAUAUGGCGAAGAUGGAGACCGAAGCAACAAGUGUUUUACUUCCUAAGCCUGUUUUGCAGGUGAAGUUGAUAAAUCACUGCAUGAACGUAUUUGCACUGUAG